AAAAAAGGAAGCCGUAAGCAGCACGCUUGACGAAUGACGCGCUUUCAGCGUUGCUGGAUUUCCUAAAACCCCUUGCCCUUGACCUCCAUUUUCAACAAUCCCAUCUCUCUCUCUCUCUCUUUCUCUCCAUCUGUCUCUUAACCCUUUUACAGCCGCAGUUCUGAGCUUCUCUCCUCACUGAUUUCUUCAAAUUUUUGGGCGGAUUUCAAUUAAAUCGACUGCUACAGCGUUGCCGCGGCGUAAAGAGGACUUCAAGAGUCUGAUUCUUGACUGAAUGGCUUCAAUGGAAUCUUCUUUUUGGUGCUACAGAUGCAGCCGUUUCAUCAGGGUCAGGGUUCGGGCAACCCAUGAUUCGAUCCUUUGCCCCGAAUGUGGCGGCGGUUUCGUCGAGGAUAUUGGAACCCCUUCUCGUUCCCCACUCCACCAUCGAUUCCCUGCCGCCGCAAUUUACCCGUUUAAUCCGGAUCACAUCACCACACCAAGCUUGCGCCGCAACCGUCGGAGUGGCGGAGAUCGCUCCCCUUUCAAUCCAGUCAUCGUUCUCCGAGGUCCUGCAGAUGGCGGUGGCGCAAAUGACGGAGCUUCCGGGGACUUCGAGCUAUACUAUGACGAUGGUGUUGGGUCUGGACUCCGUCCUCUACCGGAGAGCAUGUCGGAGUUCUUGAUGGAAUCGGGAUUUGACCGGCUUCUUGUUCAGUUGACUCAAUUGGAAAUCAACGGCGUUGGUCGAUUUGAGCAUCCACCAGCUUCAAAAGCUGCAAUCGAGUCAAUGCCUGUGAUCAAAAUCCUCUCCAGCCACGUCUCUAUGGAAUCUCACUGUGCAGUUUGUAAAGAGCCAUUUGAACUUAACACGGAGGCGCGCGAGAUGCCAUGUAAGCACAUUUAUCACUAUGAUUGCAUCCUCCCGUGGUUAUCUCUUCGCAAUUCUUGCCCAGUUUGUCGGCAUGAGCUACCGACAGACUUGCGUGGAAAUGGCAGUGGGAGUGGCAGGAGUUCACCAGAGUCAGGUGAGGAGACCGUGGGCUUAACGAUAUGGAGACUGCCUGGUGGCGGCUUUGCGGUAGGGAGAUUUACUGGGGGAAGGAGAGCGGCAGAGAGGGAGCUUCCUGUUGUGUUUACGGAGAUGGAUGGUGGGUUCAACGCUCCAACUGUACCUAGGAUGAUUUCAUGGGCACCCAGUGGGAGAAGAUCAAGAGAGGGCAGUGGGUUGGGCCGUGCAUUUCGCAAUUUCUUUUCCUUCUUCGGAAGGAUAGGAAGGCGUGCUAGGGAUGAAUCUGGUUUAGCUCGAAGAAGUAGAUCAAAUACAAUGUUGGCUAGGUCCUCAAGGAGAGAAAACUCGCCUUGGUUUAUGCAAGAUAAUAGAUGGUGAAUUGAAUUGUCUGUAGUUGCUUAUCUAAUUAUUGAUAUCAUCAAUUAUUGCAGUUAUUCAUUCCUCAUAAGAAAAGGGAAUAUAUGUACAUUGUACAAUUCUUUUUACUGUAAAUAACAACAAUCAAAGAAGAUAUGAGGGAUUGUCCGGUUUAAAUUCUUUCAAGGAGAGAAAUUUGGAAUUGGUAGGAGAUUAGUUAUCAUUCGUGAGGAAGGUGGAGAAUAAGAAGAAGAUGACGAAGAAAGCUGUGCAGUUAGAGUGGGCCUUUAGAAGUUACUGAGGUACUAAUCCUUUUGUGUAAUUGUGCCUUUUAUAAUUUAAGGCCUUGUAAGUGUUUCACUAACUGUUUUUCGAACAAUGGUUAAUGCACCUCACCUUAUUUAUUUGUAA